AUGACCUUCAAGCAAAUCAUAGAUAUCGUUUGGCCUGCUGAUAAAGCCUUGGGCCUCUGGGGUCUAGUGACAGAUGUUCUGAUGGAGAUGAGGUGUUUUAGAGAUCGUACUUUGAAGGUACUAGAACAGCCGAUUGUUGAACGUAACAAGACAUGUAUGCAGGGCUCGAAUGAGGUGGGACUAUCUAUGACUCUACUAUCCAAAGGUAUCACCAACAGGAACAUGGGCCGUCUGCUGCGUAAAAAAAACAUCAAUCCACUUUCUAGCGUCAUCCAGAGGCCAAAAAUGGUAGAUCUUCGUCUUCCGGAUGACAAUAUCCUUUCCAUCAAAGUACGCCUGGAGUAUCCUUCCCUUCAAACUUCCCAUGAACGAGAGAACAAGGAUUGGGAUGUAUUUAUGUUCCUCAAACUCUUCCAGUCUGGUAAUGAUAGCUGCCGCUAUAGUCAGGGUUUCACCAUGGAGUAA